AUGGCGGAACGCGAACUUCAAGACAUCCUACGGAAACUGAAAUCCAGCAGUACGCCCUCACAAUCCAAACCCCUCCUCUCAUCCGCCAAACUAUCGCUCCUCAAACUCUCCGCCCUCACCCCCCUUCCCAACACCCCACAAACCCACCUACUACUCGCACGAGAAGUCUUUGAAGCCGGCGCCUUGUUAUCCAUCCGCGCAAAAGACACUGAGUCUUUCACACGCUACGUGCACCUCCUCACACCCUUCUACGAACUCCCCGCGGACCGUCUACCAGCAACCAAGAGCGAACGGAGUAAGAUUACGGGCCUGUAUCUGCUGCUACUUCUGACAUUGGGGAAUUAUGGAGGUUUCCAUACUGAGCUUGAGGGCUUGGAGUUGAGGAAAGAAGGCGGACGGGUUGAGGAUGAUAGAUUCUUGGGGUAUCCAAUCAAGCUGGAGAGGUGGUUGAUGGAGGGGAGCUAUGAUCUUGUGUGGAAGGCCAUGGCGAGUCGGGAGGUGCCGAGUGAGGAGUAUGGUAUUUUCUCUGAGAUCCUAAUCAACCAAAUCCGCCGCGAGAUCGCCUCCUGCAGCGAAGUCGCCUACCCAUCCCUCCCCAUCUCGUCUACCAAAAACCUGCUUUUCCUGGACAGCGAAGGUGCAGUUGUGUCGUUCGCACAGCAUCGUGGAUGGCUCAUCAAGGACGGCCGGAUAUACUUCCCCACCCAGAGCUUAAAGGCCGGUGUUGAUUUGGAAGGUAAUCAAAAGGAGGUCAGCCGGUUGACUAUUGAGAAUACGCUGGGGUAUGCGCGAGAGUUGGAGACGAUUGUAUGA